AGCAGGAAGAACUUUGCCUUCUUUCGGGUCUUCCCUCUUCGAAGACAUCUUUUCAUCCAAAGGGAAUAAACUUUUCCUCUAAGCAGAAGAAGGAACAGGUGUCAGAAAAUCACAAAUGGGAUAAAGUAGUGGUAUUUGUUUUUUUCUUUCUUUUGCCAAAUAGGCAUGUUGCCUGUAAGUUUUUACUUACAAACAUUUUUUAAAGUUGGAGGUUUAAGAAUAGAGCCAUUGACUUUUGAAAGUGUUUAUGAAUUGCUUUAAACUGAGGUGUGGAGAUCCUGUUGUCCACACGGGCUUUAUCCUAGAAUAAAGCAACGGAAGUCUUUUGUUAGAAAGGCUGUGAUUUCUAAAGGUGCAUCUCUGGGUCCCUGGUGUAUGGCGCUAAAAGGUGUCGGAGCAGGCAAAGAGGUUUAUUGGUUUCUAUCUGAGUUACAAUGGCAAAGUGGUUCAAGGAGUUCCCCAUCAAUCUGAAGAAUGGUACCGACAGGAUCCGGUCAGCCUCAGAAUCAGGGUCACAACCAAGAGCCAACAAACCCGGACUGGUGGCCAGCAUUAGUACCAAAACAACAGGCUCCAAAACGGGCAAAACCUCCUCUGCUGACAGCACAGGCGGAGGUGGUGGAGGAGUUGGGUCUCUCCUGUCCGGAAGAAACCGCAAAAACUCUGCCAUAGAGUUGGGUAGAAACAGUGUGAGCUCCCCGAAAGAUGGAAAAGUUUGGGACAACCUCCUGUCAGGGAAAAGUCGCAAAAACUCCAAAACUGAGCCGGUGUUUGAGGAGCAGCACAGACCUCUGAAAAGCUCUGCCAAUGCUUACAUCAACAGGCUGAUUAGAGUGGACAAACUGGACAAAAGCCUCAACAUCGCCACCAUCACCGGUCAACCUGAAGCAGAGAAACCAGCCCAGUGCAAGGCAGAAACAGUGAUAAUCCUUGAGGAUUACGCAGAUCCCUUUGAUGCUCAGAAGACCAGAGAGCAAAGGCAGGCAGAGAGGGUUGGGGAGAACGAUGGUUAUAUGGAGCCUUACGAUGCCCAGCAGAUGAUUACUGAGAUCAGACGUCGGGGGUCCAAGGACCUGCUGAAGGUGUGUGUGCUGAUGGAGGCCGGCCAGGGAACGGUGGAGGAAGGUCAGCCUGUGCAGAUAUACGACGUCCCGUAUGAGGGAGGUGGUGACAAUGACAAGACAGCAGUCACACAGCCCGAGCAGGAUCCUCGUCCCUCCACUGAGUACGAGCUGCCCUGGGAGUGGAAGAAGGAGCACAUUGUCAGAACUCUGUCAGCACAGUUUGACAGCCCUGCCAAAGAUGAGACACCCCACCCCACACUCACCAGGCAGCCGCAACAUCCACCAGCCCAGCUGCAGCAGCAUCAGCAUCAGCAUCUGAGACAGAAAAGCUGGACCCAGAAGAUCCUGCGAUCCUCUCCUCCAACCCUGUCCCCAUCUUUCACCCCCAGCAGCAACCGUGACACUGAGGCUCGCUGUGUUGACCCCUCCCUGCCCUUGGAAAAACAGAGCUGGUACCAUGGCUGCGUGACUCGUCAGGAGGCGGAGUUUCAGCUGCAGUCUUGCAAAGAGGCCAGCUUCCUGGUCAGGAACAGCGAGUCGGACAACAGCAAGUACUCCAUUGCCCUCAAGACAAGCCAAGGUUGUGUUCAUAUCAUUGUUGCCCAGACCAAAGAGAACAGCUACACCCUGGACCAGAGCAGCUGCGUGUUCCCUAGCAUCCCAGAGGUGGUUCACCACUACUGCACUCAGCGUCUGCCUUUCAACGGCGCUGAGCAUAUGACUCUGCUGCAUCCGGUGCCUCGCAUCCACUGACUCCACCCCAGCCCAGCUUAGGUAUACAAAAACAAACACCCUUAUGGGCCAGCAUGGACAAAAUGUUUCCAAAAGUCACCUCACCUCUGAUCAAUGUGUACUAAUGAGCUGUCCUUUUCAGAAAGUCUUACUUCGAGCCUACUUUUUGUUAUUUUCAUGAUUUAUUUUUGAUCAUCAGAAAAUAUUUACAGCUGACUCCAUGUACAGAAACCCUGGAUGUCUUCUUCUGUCUUUUUUUUCCUAAUUUUACUUUGAUGUGCAGAUGAUGCAAAACAUCUAAGCUGCUGUUUUGCAUGUGAACAAGGGAGAAGCACAGCGCAGAUGAGGCACUUUUAAUGAUUAAAUGUGACUUGGAGUUGGAUUGGGACCAAGACUCAUACACAGAUGUGAUGUUUUAAUUGUUUCAAAUGUGUCAGAAACUACACAUGAUAUUUUUGUUAUUGUUACCAAGUGAAAUUUACUAUGAAGCAGAAAUUGCUUUUGAAACUCUGUUUGUAGAUCUCUUUCUCCCUCUGGUGGAUGUGCUGGUACACUACACCAACAUGCCAACAAAGAAUUUCUUUCUUUCUUCAACAUUAAUAGUUCCUCAAAUCCAUGCACAGGGCAUAUCAAGAUAUGAACAAAGAGCAGCUAUUGUAUAUGCUCGCAGCAUAUUUCUAAUUCAUGCUCUUAAACUCUAACCACUGUCCCUUGAGGAUUUCCUCAGUUUUACUGUGAUUGAGGGCGUUGUUUCUAAUGUAUUAUCUGCACUGUGAAAAGUGAGUGAUUCACCCUGCUGCAAUGUGCUUGAAGGUCCAUGGAUUUACAAUAGUCAAUGUUUUUUAUGAAAAGAACUGAGACUUCAUUUCAUCUUUAGUUUUCAGCAAAACAAGCCUGUUCAUUCUGACUAAAAUCUGUAAAAUAAACCUGAAAAUUAUUUUUAUUAUUUAAAAAAAGUUAUAAAAUUAAUGUCUUAUGUCAAAUUGGUUUAGCUCUACAAAUGGGGAUCAUUUAUAGAUAUAAAGUGCCAUAAAGUAAACAAGAAAAAACUUUUAAAAUGCUUAAAUAUCAGCAUUUCUUGUCAUAGCCUAUCUCUUUUAAUAUUGUUCAGAAUCCUAAAAAGUAAUGCCGUUCUCCCUUAGGGUUUAAUGACCCAUGGUGCUACAAGGCAGAACACCAAAUUGAGAAGCGGUAACUAUAUUAUAUUAGCUGAAGUCUUUUUUUAUAUAUAUACUCUAAAUGUAACAAAAACAUUUGACAUUGUAUGUGUACUCUUAAUUUAGAGAUAUGCUGAUAUCAUUUGGACAACUGAUCUGCAACACAGCUUGAUGUUAGCCACCAGGAUAACAAUAAAAUGUGGUAUAACUAAGGUUAAAUUUAGUCUAAUGUUAUAUACUGAUGGAGGCCUGCCAUUUCCAUGUCUCUUCAAAGAUUUACGUUUGUAGUUUUUAGCGCUAAAGCAGAAGUUGUACGAAGAGACACACCGGCUGUACAUUUUCCUCUGUUGUCUUUUGAUAUGUGGAUGUUGAACAAUGUAAAACAGAUUAGAAUAAAAAGGUCCUGAAUCUCAAUGCUGGAGAUCCCCUGAGAGCCUCUCUCUGAUCCUUAAUAAAUCAACAACAUGAACA